AUGUCAGUGAAUACAUCAAAUACACCUGAUGGGCGUGGAGUAUUGAUCUACAAUGGUGAAAUGAUAUUAGUGUACACGGAUGAAGUGAACUGUCAUUUUGAGAAUAUACCGAGUAAUAUUUUCAAAGGAAAUAAAUCCGGAAAUUUAUAUCUGACCAGUCAUCGUAUCAUUUUUAUUAAUCGAAAAAAUGAUUCACUGCGUUCAUUUUCGAUUCCAUUCCAUUGCAUGAAAGAUUUGAAGCUUGAACAACCAGUUUUUGGGGCCAAUUUUUUAAAGGGUGUUGCUAUAGCCCAACCCGGUGGUAAUUGGAAUGGACAAGUAACUUGGAAAUUAACAUUCAGCAAAGGAGGAUGUAUUGACUUUGGAAUGGCAUUAUUAAAAGCUGUUGAUAUGGCCCAGCGUUUUCGUCCAUACGGUGCACCACCAGCUUAUGCUCCUCCACCUGGAAAUUAUUUUGCUGCACCACCAACAUAUUAUAUACCUCCAGGAGGAAAUUAUAAUGGUUUUCAAGCACCAACGAAUGUUUUUCCUAAUCAUCCACCAGCUGGUGAUGUUUAUAUGUACGAAGCUCCACCGCCAUAUUCGGGUAUUGGUCCAGAUCCAUCAGCGAUACCAGCAGGAGGACAGGUACAUAACUCUGGAAUUGGACCAAAUGCUCCAUCCCAGCAACCGAUGUAUGCACCGCCGCUUCCGACUAAAAGUUAG